GGUUUGUAAAGAUUUUAAAAAGCUAACAGUGUCUGUGGCAGAUAAAUUACAGUUUAAUUUAAAGAAAUACAUUUGUGAACCUAUUAAAAAAAUCUAAAUCUCAGUUUUAGCCACGCCGACUUCGACCUUUUUAUUUUUUCUGUUUCCCCUCUGCAGGUCGACACUAUCAGGUACAUAAUGAAAAAAACAAAGCAAACAUUUGUUUGUCCAACUAGACUUGGGUGCCCCCGAGUCUCCGGUCAGCUAGAAUAAAAGCUAAUAAACCAGGUUAAUGUCAGAAUGGCUGAUUUGGUGAAGCUACAGCAGCUUACACAAUGCCUCCAUGCAGGAUCAGGACAAACACCGAGCUUUGCUUGCGAAGUUCAAAAUACAAUAAGGUGCUUCUCUUUAAAGCAGUGAAGCUCGCUGCGAGUCGAUCCAUUCAUCAGUAUCAUGAUGGGAUUGAGAAAAACAGAGUAAGGUGAUCUGCAGCGCCAGGCGAGCGUUUUCUUUUUCCUCCUGCUGAGCGCUCACACCACUGUCACUGUCACCUAACCUUACAGGCCGCAUUAAUAAUUCAGCAACCUGCUGAAAGUCAAGCAGACGUUAGCAGAUGAAGGAUGCUUGCAGAACAUGAAAAGCUUUUUCUUGAUGGAUCACAGAUGAAACGUCACGUCUUUUUAUGAGCCUUUUUCUUUAGGAUGUGAGAACAUCAGAACUUCUGCAGACAUGGGGUUUUGGUGUCUGUGGUGGAUUUUUAGUUCAGGUGUGGCUCCUGAAAGGGACAACAGUCAGUUUAAUAAUGAGCGGCUGCACUGCCGGCAAGGUUUCUAUUGUCCUCCUGAAAGUUUUAGCCCCGUUCCCUGUCCCAAGGGGACAUACGGACCAGAUGUUGGAGCUGUGUCUGUAGAAAGCUGUUUGAAGUGUCCUUCUCACUACUACUGUCCUCGACCAGGAAUGUUUUCCCCUCUGACUUGUGGUCCGCUGGCUCAGCAGCCCCUGUCUGGACAGCACUCCUGCACCUGUCCAGGGGAGGGACAACAUUUUCAGAGCAGUGAUGGGCGCUGCAUCUGCAGCACCGGCUAUCAACCCACCAGCAAUGAAGAAGUGUGUGUGGAACAGCUGUACAGCGUCUGCAGAGAUGGGAGAUCACGCACACAGUAUGGAGACUGCUUCGACAAGCAACAGUGGUCGUCUCACUGCAGACGUGAGGUGUGCCAAACUGCAGAGGACUACCGUGGUUAUGACAGGGAGUUGGGUCUGUGUGUGUGCAGAGACGCACCUGGAAGAGCCAUGUGUGGAGGCCUUUGUAGGAGAAAAAUGGAGAGUGACCUGAAGCUCCAGUGUGGCUUGGAUGGAGACCUGGAACUGGUGUGGAGCUACGAAAGUCAGGUGUCAGACCUCUCAGGCGGCGUGCUGGAAACUGUCUUUAAAAAGUGGGACUCCCAGGGGAAUCUGCAGUGCAACAGCCAAAACAAAUCCUCACGUCCUGUCUAUAUUGUUCAAACAACAGAAGCAGGAUUCUUCGGCCUCCUCGGUGGCAUCCCAAAGGAAAUCCACCAGCUGUUUCCUGACAGCACGCACAGUUCGGCAGACAAAGAAAACAGAUUUUUGCACGAGGUCGAGAGGGAGGAAGAUAACAUUCCUGCAGAUGGAGAGGUUCAUUUAAGAGAGAGUGAUGUCACUGAAGAAAACAAGAUGUUAUAUAUAAAUGGAGUUUUGAACCCAACAACAUGUCUCCAUCUGGGUGAUAUUUUACUGUUCAUCGUCAACACGCUUCACUACCCGUUCUAUGAUGUUGAUAACCUGUACAACACAAACAGUCACUUUGACUGGGGUGCGUUCAGACUCCUUAAGGAAGAGCUGACUCUUUCCUGGACUCCUCCAGCCAUCUUCACAGUUGUCUUUAGCCAACCUGGAGUUUAUGUUUUUACUCUCAGCAGCAAUCAGCACAAACACAUGUAUGUGCGAGUGAUGCCUGCAGGAGGCCAGUGCUACGAGCCGGGCCCUUUUUUCCCUACACUCCCUCGUCAUGUGACCAGGAUGGGGAUCAGACGAAGACGUGACCUGUUGCUUCGGCCGGACUGGCUGGUGGCUGGAGGGCUGCUGUUCGGAGCUGUGAUUGUUCUCUGUCUAUGUGUAGCAGUGCUGAUCAUGUUCCGUGAGUAUGGAUGGCCACAGAAGGAAACAAUCAGAGCGAGGUAUCGCUCUUUGCAGUUAUCCUACCAAAUGGAUGAUUACUCAUCAAAAGGUUCAAGGGUUAUCUCGCUUAGGAAGACUCACCGGAAGCAACAAGCUGGAGUGACACAAGACUCCAUGCAGCCAGUUGCCUGCGCGGAUGCCUCGGAUGAGUUUUGGGAUUAUGAACACCAGGUGGAUCUGGAGGCGUUCAGCAGCAACACCUUCUACAGCCUGCUGCUUAAGCAAAGCCUGUCUGUCACAACGCGACUGGGGCAGCUCACAACUGAGGUGAAGGAACUUUAUCAGGGAGUCCUCGGGAAACUGCAACUGCUCCACCCAAGCAUGAUUGCUGAAGAGAGGGUGGGGGACGGCUAUGAGAGGAUGAGGAGGGAGAUGGAGAAAGAAGUGGUGAGACGGAAAUCUUUAGCUUCACAGCUGCGGAUUCUGCUGGACAGCCAGUUGCAGGUUCUGAGGCGGGAGCACCAGGCCAAGCAGAGGGUCUACUGUGUGUUCACAUCUCAUCUCAGAGAGUGCACACGGCUACUAUCCAAGAUAAAUAACCACAGCCAGCCUUUCUGUGAGCUGCAACAGCAAAUCAUCAUGCAGAAGCUCACAGCUUUGACGGAUGAAAUGGGAGAACUGUUGUCUGCGGAGUGCCACCGUCAGGGAGCAUGGGGGCUGUUGGGAGAGGGUACGGGGGCCAAGCUGCUCUGUCCUGACUCUAGGACAGUUCUGAACAAAGAGGACAUAUUUAGUCCUGAUGGGUCUCUGCGGAUCUCCGGCGCCGUUGACUCUGAUGCAGUCACAGGCCUCAUUAGGCCAAACGCUCACAGCCACAUGCUGCUGAACAGCGGCCACACCAUGGCCGUGCCGCCUGAUUUCUUCCUUCACCCACAGACUGGUAGAGUUCUGCCCAUCGUUGGCAACGUGGCCUACGAUCCAGUCAGCGCUACAUUAGUGAUCAUUACUGACCUCUGCACAGGUGACUCCAGGAAAUGGGACAGUCCCCUCCUUCCCUUCAUCCCCUAUCCAACCUCCCCUCACUCGGACCAGCCUCUGCCUUGCUCUCGCCUCAGAGGCCUCAGACCGGGCCAGAGACUCCAGCUGGGCAUUCCCAUGCCAGACCCAGACACAGGAGUCCCAGUUCCCAUUCUGGCAGUAACCAUUCACCCCCAGACUGGAUUAGUCUACCCUCUUGGUAGGCUAAAUGUCUGCCCAUUCUCCCGCCUGCCACAGCCCAUACAAAUUGGUUAUCCAAUGCUGGACUCCAGGACGGGGAACCUUGUUCUCACUGUUGGGGUUAAUUUAGAUCCAGUAACAGGAGAUGUGCAGCCAGUAGGAGGAGUCCUGCUGGCCGAGUCCUUAAUGGAGCCUCUGAGUGGGCGGAUGGUGAGAAUGGGAGGGGCCAGCACCAGGGCGGGACAGCUGGUGCCAAACGCAGGAGGGUACCAAACCUUACUAGACAGCAAGGUUCUGGUUGAGAUGUUUAAAGUUUUGGAUCUUCUGAAGUCACUUACUGAGGAGUGGGAUUCAGAUCCAACUCUGCAGCACAUGCAGCUCCAUCCAGGCAGCGAGAAUCCAAGUGGUCAACAAGAUGAUCUUGUUUCUGUGACCAAGGAGCUGGAGCGGUCCUGGGGAAAGAGUCUGCACUGCCAGCUGCAGCUGUGGACCCGGCUGGAGAUGCUGCUGGACUGGACUGUGGGUCUCAUGAAGGAUGGAGGCACUCUGGGAGAGAUGCCUUUGCCAGGUUCAGAUGUGCGUGUUCCAGCUCUGCUAGGUAUGGAAUAUCCUGACCCCAUGGGAUCUGGUCUUAGCGUUCCUGUGCUUGGGUGUCAGCGAGAUCCCAUCUCUGGGAAAACAAUUCCCUUGGCUGGAACCAUGGAGGACCCAGAUGGAAAAGGCCUGGUGGCGAUCCGGUAUGGAUCCCAGACUGUUGACGCAGUAACUGGGCUGCUGGCACCGGUAGUUGGACUGAGGCUGGAUGUAUCUCGACAAAACAUCAUACCAGUCACAGCUUCAUACUGGUUAAUGAUGGCAGAACAAACUGAUAGUAUACAGGUUGAGGCUUUGCAGAGAGAAGUGUGUGUGAGAAACACCUACUGGCAGCAGCAGAGGCAGCGUGAGGACGAUUUCCUCACCGAUCUGGACUCAGUUUUGAUCCAGAGUGUCUGUAGAGUCACAGAUGCACAGAUUCGGUGGUCAGGGAAGCAACUGAGAGAUGUAGCUACAGAGCUGCAGGAUUCAGCCCAGACUGAGGUCCAGAGGAGAGCAGCUCAGCGCUCCUAUCUGGCUCUGAUCCUGCCUCCACACGUGUUACACAUCCUCACAUUUGGUGAUGAAGAGGAGUGGGAUCAGCAGUGUGUUUGGCACUCGACGCUCAUGUCUGGACUUGAUAAGCUGGAUGUGUGUGUGGAUCAGCUGCAACAAGACUAUGAGAAAUGGAAGUCACAAGCUGGAGAUUGGUCUACAAACCUUAACGCAAUGGACAAAGAGCUGAGGCAGAGAGAGACAUUGCAGCUGUGCAGUUCCAGACAGACAGAGCUGGACACUUCUCUCACUUCGCUGCACUUUGUCAGACAUCUUUCUCAGCUGCGUGCCAAAACUGCACAGGCUGUGCUGAGUGGGAACUUCUGGUUCAGGGACUUUGGUCUGGUCCAGAGCUGUGUGCAUAAACUGAACGUGACAAUCCCUGCCUCUCUCCAGCAGAGGGCCCUGCCUUUGCUGGAGAGACUGAUUCAUCUCCUGGAAGAAAAGCAGCCAACCGGCUUCUCCUCUAACUUCUGCAAUCAGCACAUCUCUGGAUUCUCAACAAAGCAGGCAGAUUGUGUGGAGAUGCCUUCCAGAGUCUGGACUGCUUCUGUGCCUGUGGGAAAAGGUCUCUCUACUCAGUCUUUGAGGGAGCCUGUGGCUCGGUCCCAGGAGAUCGGUCUUCAUGCAAACUCAUUACUGACACAAAACAACUCAGAAAGACAAACAGCAUCUUCUGGAGUUCAUUCUCAAGAAAGUCAACAGACGAAGGGAUCUGCUCCGUUGGCACACAUAGCUGUCCCCACCUUUUCAGAGGAGCAGUGGAAACGGCUGCUGGAGCUCUCUCCUCUAUUCCAGCUGUUAAAGGAGGUGGAGCUACAGCUGAAAGCCAGGGCUGGGAGGGCAGGGCUUCUUAGUCAAGACCUCAAUGGUAAAGGUUUCAUGGAUGUCCUCGAUGCUCAGUGGGAAUGUGAGGGAGAGCUGAUCCCUUUGAAUCUGUCAGUGCUCAACCCCAGAGAGUUCCUGGUCUACCAACAUGGAUUAUUCCUGAUCAGUACACUACAUCAUCUACAACUGACUCCAGCUGUUUCCCUUCAAAUAGCAGCUAGCCUCCCAAACAACAACUAUUUCAACAAUGCCUUCAGGAAUUCUUUUUUUUAUCAGGAAGCGGAGGAGAUGCUUUUUGUCCGUCGCCAGAGGUUGCAGUCUGUUGGAGGCUUCUCUCUCAUGUUGAUUCAUUGUCUGUCUCAUAUCAAAAUAAAAGACAUGAGCCCAGACUCCAGUCCCGCCUUCCAGAGGCUUUUCUUCAAGUCUCUUCAGGAGUGCCUGGGACAACUCUUUCUGGCAAAAAUGGACACGUCCCCCUCUGGACUGUCCAGUUUGUCUGAGCCAUUUCAGGAGCAGGAAGACGUAACAGAAGUUUUGUCCGACCCCCAUGGUGUGGCUCUGCUUCACAGAAUUCACAAACCAAGCAGAAGAUUGCUGUCUGAAGAUGUUGAGAAAAUGCAGUCGAAGCACAGAGAGACAUCCUUGUUCACCCAUGUUGAAGGACUUCUGGAGGACAGAAAGUCUGGGGCCAUCGAAAGUGGAGAAGACCAGACUGAAUGAACUUACAUGUAUUUCUGAGAUCAGAAUCUUAUUUCAUAUUUCUUGUGUUGUCUCAUAAACCUGCUUGUAAGUUUAUUACUUUUGUCUUUGUAAAAUGCUACAAACACACACACACACACACACACACACACACACACACACACACACACACACACACACACACACACACACACACACACACACACACACACA